ACUGUCACUCCGCGGCUGGGCCGCUCCCGUUGCCUCCUCCGGCCCCUUGUUGUCACGACGUAGGUCGGGCUCUUCGCGCUGCUGCCGCUGUAGUGGGGAGACGGGAGGGAAAAGCGGCUUCUCCUCCUCCCCCCCCCGACCAGUCCCCAUUCUCCCGGGCCGGGGGCGGCGCCCUCGCCAUGGCCACCAGCACCACGGGCUCCACGCUGCUGCAGCCCCUCAGCAACGCCGUGCGGCUGCCCAUAGACCAGGUUAACUUCGUAGUGUGCCAACUCUUUGCCUUGCUUGCAGCUAUUUGGUUUCGAACAUACCUUCAUUCAAGCAAAACUAGCUCGUUUAUAAGACAUGUUGUUGCCACGCUUUUAGGCCUUUAUCUUGCACUUUUUUGUUUUGGAUGGUAUGCCUUACAUUUUGUUGUACAAAGUGGAAUUUCCUACUAUAUCAUGAUCAUAAUAGGAGUGGAAAAUAUGCACAAAUAUUGCUUUGUUUUUGCUUUGGGAUACCUCACUAUGUGCCAAAUUACUAGAGUCUAUAUCUUUGAUUAUGGACAAUAUUCUGCUGAUUUUUCUGGCCCCAUGAUGAUAAUUACACAGAAGAUCACUAGUCUGGCUUAUGAGAUUCAUGAUGGAAUGUUUCGAAAAGAAGAAGAAUUGACCCCAUCACAGAGAUGCUUGGCUGUAAGACGCAUGCCAAGUCUACUGGAGUAUUUAAGUUACAACUGUAAUUUCAUGGGUAUCCUGGCAGGCCCGUUAUGCUCUUAUAAAGACUAUAUUACUUUCAUUGAAGGCAGAUCAUACCAACUGACACAGUCUGAAGCAAAUGGGAAAGAAGAUGUAAAAUAUGAACAAACAGAUCCCUCACCAAAUAUAGCUGUGACACAGAAACUCUUAAUCUGUGGGUUCUCAUUAUUAUUUCAUAUGACUGUCACAAAAACUUUACCUGUGGAAUACAACAUUGAUGAUCACUUCAGAGCUACAGUAUCUUUGCCUAUGAGGAUUAUCUACCUGUAUGUGUCUUUAAUGGCUGCCAGGCCCAAAUACUAUUUUGCAUGGACUUUAGCAGAUGCAAUUAAUAAUGCAGCAGGGUUUGGUUUUAGAGGAUAUGACAAAAAUGGAGCAUCACGCUGGGAUUUAAUAUCAAAUCUGAGAAUCCAGCAUAUAGAGUUUUCAACAAGUUUCAAGAUGUUUCUUGAUAACUGGAAUAUUCAAACAGCUCUUUGGCUUAAAAGAGUAUGCUACGAGCGAGCUUCCUUCAGUCCUACGAUCCAGACCUUCAUCCUUUCGGCCAUUUGGCAUGGUGUGUACCCUGGAUAUUAUUUAACAUUUUUAACAGGAGUACUAAUGACAUUAGCAGCACGAGCCAUGAGAAACAACAUUAGACACUACUUUGUUGACUCUCCUCCUGUUAAAUUAUGUUACGAUGUCAUCACAUGGAUAGCAACUCAAGUAGCAAUAAGUUACACAGUUGUGCCAUUUGUGCUGCUCUCUGUAAAACCCUCUUUCAUGUUUUACAGCUCCUGGUAUUUCUGUCUUCACAUUGCCUGCAUCUUAGUGUUGUUGAUAUUGCCAUUGAAAAGAACUCAAAAAGGAAGUAUAGAGCAGGCAAGCAUCAAGCCCUCAUGGCCCAAAAAAUUAGAAGAAGAAAAUGUUUUGGGACAGAACAGUUAUUCCACAACAAAUAAUAGUUUCAAUCAGAAACAAGAAAUAACCUGCAGAUAUCCAGCACUAAAACAAUGAUUGGGAAAUACUAUGAUGAAUAUAUUUUGUAUGUUUUCAAAACCCAUUUUUAGCACCUUUUAAAGGGGUUUGUAUUUGUUUGCAAAGGUGUUUAGUAAGAAAAGAAUGCUGUUACCUAGGGAAUAUCACAUACAAUAGCAAGACUGGAAACAAAGCAAAUUAACCCCUCCUAUGCCAUGUCCCUGUGGAUCAUGCCUUAUAUGAAAAUAUUACCAUUAUUUCAAUGGGCACUCAGGACUUACAACGUAUGUCCAUAGGGUCAGAUGUGUGCCCCUUUGCUGAAUGUACGUUGUGUAUCCCAAGGCACUGAUGGGGUGGAAAACAGCUGUGUCAGUCUAAAUUAACACAUGGAAAUUAACUUUUCCAAAUGAAUGACUUGCCUUAAACCCUCUAUCUACUGAAAUAUUGUUUCUAAGUGAUAAUUUCAUGUUUAAUAUUAUGUGGAAACUGUAUAAUGUUGGGUGCUGUUUUUAAAAAAAGACAGGACUAUGAAAUGGGAAACUGUUGAAAGGUUGUGAAUCUUUGAAAAGGUAUUGCAAUAAACAUCUCAGUAUUUGGAGGGUUUUCUUAGGCCUUGGCUACACUGGCGCUGUACAGUGCUGCAACUUGCUGCGCUCAGGGGUGUGAAAACGCGCACACACACACCCCGAGCGCAGCGAGUGCAGCGCUGUAAAGCGCC